UACAAACCCAUCACUCUGAAUGGACCUCCGGCUCCCUCGGUUCAUUCCUACCAGCAUGAAAACCUGCAGUGCUUCCAAUGCUUCAUCACGUUCUGCAGUGCAAAAGCCAAGGAGAGACACAUGAAGAAGAGCCACCGGGAGGAAUACAAGCAGCAGCUUCAGCAGUUAACUUUUUAAAGGAUUUUCUUUUUUAAGUGUGAAAUGCGUGUGAAUUUAUUACUUUGUGUCUUGAGUUGUUGAACUCACUUUGUGGUUUAAAAAAAAAAAAAAUGUCUUCCCUCUUUUUUUCCCCCUUUAAAUUUUGGGCAAUUACAUGUGUUGAGGUAUAUUUAGAUACCUGGUAGUGAUACUAUGUUUAAUUGUUUAGUCAUUUUUUUGUUUGUUUUGUUUUUGUUUUUCAAGAAGAAUUAUGUCAUGUACAGCUUCGGGUUCUUAUUGUGCAUUUUUACACUUAAUAUUUUGAUUAUGUUACUUUAUAAAUUAAGUCUCAUUGAGGAGGAAUUUUAAAAUAACACGAUUAAGCUCUGCUGAAAGUUUAUUUUUUGCUAAGUGCUCCCAGUUCAAUGUGGAGUGGUUGGCAUGUGGGCAGAAAUGAUCCACUUUAAUCCUGAUUUGUCUGAUGCUAAAAUGUACUCCCUUAUUUUUUCACUUGUUUAAAGGACCAGUGUGCAGGAUUUAGGGUGGUCUAUUGGGCAAAAUGAAAUAUAAUAUUCAUAAUUGUAUAUACUAAACUGGAAUUACUAACCACAUUAGUAUCUACAGAGGGAGAGGAUCCUCACCUGAGAGGUCCGUGUAGUUUUGUAGAGAAGAAAACUCUGUAAACAUAAAUACAUGCCAUCCAUGUAAAAUGCAAAGUAGGUGUGUCAUGUAGUCGCCAUUUUUCUAUAGUAGCCUGGAAUGAACAAACCAGACCUUAAGAAGGGCCUUUCCUGCUGCUCAGUCACAAGUAGUUGUAUAUGCUUGGAAAAUGACUUUGGUUGCUAUCUGCAACCUCACCACUAGAUGCCAAUGAAUCCUACACAAUGCUCUUUUAAAAUGAUCUUUAAUGUCUUAGACAUUUUUGAAUGGGACUGGUGGUUCUUUAAUGCUCUAGUAUCCAAUAAGGAACUGUGUAUAUCAUGUGUUACUCACUGAUUGGAUUGUUCUCUCCCCACUGCAAUGUGUCUGGACAUGAAAUAAAACUUGCUAUCCCAAGGGAGGCUGCUGAAAAGACGACUCAACUUAUUGUUUCUGUUCUUAUUUGGAAUUCAGGAGCACCAACUAAAAUGAGGAGUUGCAUUGCUUGUGGUGAUAAUGCAGUUUGUUUUGAAAAAGAUGCAUGCUGGGUUUCAUGUGGUUUUGAAAUUAGUAUCUAUUUUUAGCGUAAUGUUAAGAAGGCCUUUUUCCCCAAGCCUGGAAGAGAACUAAGUGUAAAUGGUGGGUUUUCAUUGACAGCUGAAUCACUAAAACAAAUGUCAGACAUGCUCUUCCUAAGUAGCCUGUGGCAUGAUGUUAUUUAGGAUUUUCUUGAUGUUAAUGCACUAUUAGGUACAUCAUAAAGGUUCAACUACUUGUUAAUUUCUAAUCAAUCGCACAGCAGAAACUAAAUGCAGUGGUAUGUAGACAUUGUCAAGAUGACCUGCUGAAGUUCAAACUGGGCCUCAGAAUGGGGACGAAAGGUGAUUAAGUGACUUUGAACAUGGCGUAGUUGUUGGUGCCAAACUGACAGGUCUGAAUAUUUCACAAAUCCACUGGGAUUUUCACACAUAACCAUCUUUAGGUUUUAUAGAGAAUGGUGCAAAAAGAGAAAUUAUCCGGCCAUUUAUCUGGGUGAAAAUGACUUAGUGAUGGUAAACAAUGGAGGAGAAUUACAAGACUGAAAUUGAUAGGAAGGUAACAGUAACUCAAAAACUGCUGUUGUGCAUUCAGAGCAUCUCUGAAUGCACGACAGCAGAAAGGCACACCUGGUGCCACUUUUCUCAGUCCUUAAUAACCUGGCUUCUCAAAUCUACAUUCUAAAGUAUUAUUGUGUAAGAUACUGAACCUUCAGUUUCUCCUGAUGCAUCAGUGUGUGUAUGAGACUGUUACAAAGUGCAUAGGGGUGAAUGAGACUUGUAGUAAAAGGGCUUUGAGUGCUCAGCUGACUAGAAAGGUGCUAUGUGAAUACCAGUACAUUUUCUGCCAUAGCUUUCCAUUAUAACCUACAUAUAAAAAUCUCAUAGAAUCCAUGCAUUUAUAUGAACGUAACUAAUAAGAUACAAAACUGACUUUAAUACCUAUGCAUUAUAAGACCAGUCUAAAUCACACUACAUAUUAUCUUUUUUACAAAAUGUAUUUAAAAGUUUCUUAAAAUAUUGCCCUGCUUGCACACCUGUGCAGCUGUAAGACCGUGUAAUACCACUCCGAGCCACCAGGCGUGCUCCAGCGUUUGUGUGAAUUUCUUUCCCUGUGUUUUCCUUUUUGUCCUUAUUACCUCGAUGUUCAUCUUCGGUUGAGCCUCCAGUCAUGUCCAUUGAAUACACCAUUGAUAUCCAGCUGACAGAGUUGGGAUUUCCGGACAUACUGCAGCCGGAGGAGGCUUUGGUCAGACAAACACCGUGUCGCUCCACAUCAUCUGAUGGCUCCAUCUCACCCAGUCACUCUCCCACUUCACUUCCAACCAAACAUAAACCGAAACGGCUGCUCAGAGGUGGCAAAGUAGUAGGUGCAGCAGGACAGACCUCAGACACCCAAGAAACCACAGUGGCCUCUGGUCCAUCCAAACGGACUGAGAUGUUAAACUGUAAACGGCUGAAUCCCACAACAAAAAGGCUGCAAGACAAACAAAGUGGCAGCGAGACAGCGCUCGCUGAACCGUCAGCACCCACAGUGAUGAGUGAUCCCAUUGCUUUACAAGAAACCACAGACAUUCCCCCGGUGAUCGCUGAACAGGAAGGAGGGGGUGUUGAUGGAGAUGGAGGAGGGCAGAGACCUGAUGUAGACAUGGCUGAGGGUGAAUCGGCAGAAGUGCAGGAGGAUGACUCGGAUGACAGUGAAGUGUCAGAGGUGUAUGAGGAGGAAGAGGUUGAUGAGGAAGAGGAGGAUGAGGAGCUAACUAGUGAGUCGAGCCAGUCAGGUGACUACCGGUGCAGCGUGUGUCAACAGCAUCUGCCCUCCAAGUUCAAGCUCCACGAUCACAUGAGAACCUCCACACAGGAGCACGCCCAUACUGCUGUGCAGAGUGUGGGAAGCGCUUCUGCCAGAUAUACAACUAUCGCGUCCACCUGCGCACGCACGCGCAGACCAAAGUGGAUCGUCUCCAGUGCCGAGUCUGUUUGAUGGGCUUUGCGUCGCAGGAAGAUCUGAACGACCACCUGGCAAAAACUCACUUGGAGGACGAGUUCUAUGAGUGUGACCUGUGCAAACGCGUGUUCACGUCCCUAAAGGCAUGCGAAUAUCACGUGCAGCUACAUAAGUGUAUGCUGAAUGUCAUGUGCGAAGUGUGUGGCCGCAACUUCUCAUCGCCGAAAUCCCUGGCGCGCCACCGGAGGAAGAAGUGCCACCGUAAUUUUAAAUGCACAGACUGCACAAAGGUGUUUACCAAGAAGAAUGCACUGCUAAAACACAGUUUCUCCCACCUGGGUUUGUUGCCUUACACGUGUAUACGGUGUCGCUGCCACUUCCGAUUGGCUAAGCUGUACCGCCAGCACAAAUGUGAACCUGAACGCAUUCACUGCGUGGCGUGUCUGAGGGAGUUUCUCAGUCAGGAGGACUUCCAGCAGCACAAAAAGGACACGGGCUGCUGGGGCAAUCAGGAGCCGAGUGAGAAAACGAACGAGAUCAGAUGUUUGGAGUGCGGACAGAGGUUUGACUCGUCAGAAGAGCUGAAGAAACAUGCUGGAGCUCAUCAGAGGGUGCUGAAGUGCGCUGAAUGCGGGAAGGGGUUCCGGUCGGCCUUGCUGUUGAUGUCCCACAUGGGCGGCCAUGCCGGGCAGUCACCCUGCCUUUGUCAGAGCUGUGGACUGGGCUUUCCCCACCAGCAGAACUAUGACAGCCACCUUAAGACGUGUGGACAAACACCUCAGUCUGCGAGUACCACCAAGAAACGUGUGUCUUUAAAGAGCUCUGUGCUGGAGAGAAAAAAGCACAGCACUACACCAGACUCAAUCAACACAGCAAACGCAGUCACUUUGCCCGCUGUUGUUUUAAACAACCCUGCUCCACCAGUCGAGGAUACUAGCAAUCCAGGUCACGUGACUGAGGGUGUGUCUACUGGCACUGGUCCAUCAGAUGGGUUGUGGAAGCUAACCCUUGAUAAACGGCCGCCUGCUGGUGUCAAUCUUGUCUUGUUCGUUCCUGUUUGUCCAACGCAAGCCAACGGGCUCCCGCUCCCAUCUGCAAUCCCUCAGACACUACCCAUCACAGCUAUGCAAGCUCUGCCGGAGGGUCCACUCGCAGUCGGUGCUGCUCUUGGAGCGACACUAAGUGCCCCACUGGAUCUGUUAAGUGGGGUUAAACCGGAUCCAGAAGCACCCUUGGAUCUGUCUAAGAAGUCUGCAGUGACGUACCUUCCUGUUAAAGGUGAACCAGAAGAAUUUGAAAUCUCAGGACAGGCUGUAAAUGCUGGAAGACAAGAAUUCGGAAACCAUCACAGCAAAGUGACAGCUAGAACAACCUCAAUAAAGACAGCUCCCACAGGACUCAUAGUGGAUAUAAAGAAAGAGCCUCAGACUUCUGGUUGUGAUUUGUGGUCGUCCGAAUCAAGCCAACUGACAGACUACAAGCUAGAGAAAGAGAUUAAGAUUGAAGUUAACAUUUCAAGUGCUGGUAAGGAAAAAUAAAGUAAAGCAAGGUCAGAAAAGGAGAGAAAGAUCACAUUCCCUACCCUGUAAAGGAAGCAUUUAAUAUACUGUUAGAAUUACAUACAUUACUGUGUAAUUUGUAUAUUGACCAUCAUACGGUUUUAUGACAAGGCAGCAUUUUCCUAUAACUAUUCCCACUUUUGUCAGCAGGAUAGACUAUUAGUGUGACUGUGGUUUUUGUUUCAGAAGCUCCAUGCAGAAAAACGUAAUAUUGCUGGCUUCAUCGGUUUAUCGAAGGGGAUUUUUUUUUAUGCCUUUACUUCAUUACUGUUACAAUGGUGGAUGCUCAUAUUAAACAUAGCCAAAGUAUGAUGUCAGUGAGGGUGUACUCACACUAGACACGGUUGCCUGUGCAUGAUUGUUCCUGCUCCCCUGCACUCAACUAUCUAGACACAAGUAUGCAUUACUUUGUCUGAGCAUCUCAGCUCCUCCCUCUCUCGCACACACCCUGAAAGGCACUCUUGUAAGCUCACGAUUUUUAUUUUUUUUUUUACAUGUUGUAGCUUAAUUGGAAAAGUCGUGUCUCCUAAAUGAGUUUUGCCGGAGCCGCUAUCACUGACAAAGCUGAAGUUAGUCAGCAGCAAUUGCUCUACAUCAACGUCACAACAGAACCACUUUUGUAACAUGUUCCUGGUACAGCACCCAGCAAUCACAACAGACAAAUGAGCUCGACUCUGAGGGUUCAACUGCACUCCUGCAUGGUACAGAUCGUCUCAUGUGAGUACACCCUGACCAGGGAUAUCCUUGGUUGGUCAUCUCAGGCAUACAGCUAUAUGUAUAAGCACACAAGCUCCUCCCACCUGCUGUAUAAAACUGUUUGGGGGGUAGGGGUUGCCAUUCAGAGGAAAUGGAGCUCCAUCAUUGACAGUAUAAGAAUAUGUCUAGCUUAUUUUGAGCUUAUAGGUCACUUUAUCAUGAAUUGGCCUCUACAUUCAGAAAUAUACAAUGAGAGAAUCUCGAUACGUGUGCAACAGACUGGAGACGGAGGAAUGUGUCUUUACCCGUUCAGACUCGAUGAUGGUUGUCUAGUAAGACGAUCAUCAUCGCUUCCACAGAACGGUGACCAGUGUGCUGGUUCAGACCUGAAGCUGACCUGCUCACAUGCUGUUCAUAUUAACAGACAAGGAUCCAUGUCUGAAAGGGGUCAAAGUGUGACAGUUUUCUUGCAUCUGUAAUUUAAACAAGACAUUCCAAGCUUUUAUUUGUCGAGGCACUUUUUUCUUCUUUCCUUUUGCAUUCAGAUAUAAGGCUGUAAAUUCAGCCUGCUGGAGGAAGAAUGAAUGGAGAUGAAUCCUAUGCAGUGUGAUGCAGAAUUUCUAUUAGCAUUAAAAUUUCUGUCAUGUUCUUAUCGUCUUGGAAAACUGAUUCUUUUUGUAAACUGUCAAAACUAGAGGGAAACAGGGUUUUUUUUUUUCUGAAAGCUUGUUUUGUAUAGUAACUAGCAUUUUAGUGCUAUGUUAAAUAUUUCAUUAUGAAUGGUACUGAUUAGUAGAAUGAAUAGAUGUCUUCUUGUGAUUAACAUUUCAUGACUCUAAACAGUCUGCAGGUAUAUUUUGUUUUUAUAAAGGUUAAUAAAUGCUUGUUUGGAUGCAAGGUGAGUCGCACU